AGGACUAGCUCCCCAAGUGGUUACAUCGACACCAAUCAAAUCGCAGGCGGCAGCAGCCCUGGAAGUAGUCGACCCAGUGGCACAGUUGAAACAAAACGUCAGCGACACGCUGACGUUCUUGCACAAGGAACGAAACGACUUUCUUCCGCUGGACGACAUAAUCAUACCUAGCAGAAAGGACGAUCACGUCGCGAAAGAAAUAGAUCUGAGCAGUGAGAGUAUUAAGAAGAGGAAAGUCGUCGACUUGGAUAAUGUGCGGGCGUCGGCCGAGAGCGAGGUGGACAAAGUGAUCGAGGCUGCAGAAACCGCCGUCAACGAGGUUGUCGGUCCCACCGAACAAUUUAUGCCAAGCAAAGCCCCGAUAGGGUGUCAAAUGCGUAUGGCAAGGCCAGACGAGGAGGACGCGAUCGCUGUCUGCGAAGACAUGCACGAAGCCAAACGUUUACCGAACUCGUCGCAAUUUCUCGACAACGAAAUACGCGCGAUUAACCUCAACAGCGCAGCCGCAAAGAUCGAGGCCGCAGAAACCGCCGUCAACGAGUUUAAGGUCAGGCCAACCGAACUAUUCAAGCCAAGCAAAGCCCCGAUAGGGUGCCAAAUGCGUAUGGUAAGGCCGGAUGAGAACAUUGACGCUGUCGCCAUCUGUGAAGAACUAUACUCGCCCGACAAACAAAACGCCAUACUCGAAGCGCAAGAGGUUUUCAAAUUCCUAGAGAACGAAGCCACGCCUACCAGUCUACCGAACUCCUCCCAAUUUCUCGAAAACGAAAUACACGCGAUUAAUUUCAACAGCGCAACCGCAAAGAGUAGCGGUAUUCCGGUUCCAAAACCGCGUCAGAAGAUCGCCUUUAGCGAUGCGGAACGCGAAGCGGAGCCCGCGAUUUCCGACGGUGAACGAUCGAUUUCGCCCGACGAAUUUCUAAGUAAAAUUCCCGUCUCGGGCAAGGGGAAAGUGAAGACGAUCAAGAAACAUUCGAAGGAUCCGCUAAAGGAAUUCGUUAAACUUACGCAGGACGUCAAUUGGGAUGACGAUCAAGCGGUUACGACUACAGAUCCGAUCGUCAAAACCACAGUCACUCGAAUUACGAUGCCUGACGACGCGAAAACCGGCACAGAGUACGUAGAAGUCUCCAAAAGUAAGAUACCCGUCCUGAUGACGGAGUCUACACGAAUUUUGCCACCGGACUCGACACCUGCCCAAGUUGACAUGACACUGGUAUCGCCGGGGUCGGACACGAAGUUCUCAACGAAGAGCAAAAGCAGUACGCUCGACUCCGACUCGGACAGCGACAGCAGAAGGAGUUCCCCACUGAAAGGAAUAUUGAAAAAGUCCGGCUUGAAAUUGGUUGGUAGCUCUAGCGGAUCGGAUAUCGCACUACACGAAGCCGGAUCCGAAUUAAGUGAGGACGAAUCAGAAGAUUUCUGCCAAAAUGACCAGCCGCAGUUUACGGAGACGACGGUGGAGGAAGUUGAUCCUGUGACGGGUGCUAAGAUUACAAGGACGACACGCACUGUAACCCAAUCGACGACAAUGCCGGGCGCUCAAAACGAGAGCGACCUGCGUCAGUCGAUCAAGGAAGUUCUCGAUCAGUUCAUGUCGCACGAACGAUAAGACCGAUUUCGGAGUCGCCGGUACACUAUAGCUUUACUACAAAACGAAUAGUGAUCUUUAUGAACCAAUCAGUGCUGUUAAUUUAAUUAAAAUGCACCCCUAGGAAUCGUAUCGCAAUAAUAUAUUUUCAUUAUUUGUAUCUUUCUAAUUUUAUAGCGGUGAUCUAUUUAAGUGAGGUUAGGUGAACGGGAAUGGGACGCUCUUUCGUAAUUUUACCAAUUAACAAAUAAAAAAAAAUAGAGAGGAAGGUGCAUUUUAAUUUAUCGGAAUUAGUUUCUAUAUAUAACUAUACUCUGUGCCUAGAAUUUUGUUUAUUCCAAAUAUUGCUUUAGUAUUAAUUAAGGUUUUAAACUUUUUAAGAUAUGUAUAGUACUUCUCCGAGCUUAAUUCUCUCUAUCUAUCAUGCAUGACAUAAUAAUUGUUUCUGUUCAGUUGAAAUUUGAAAUUUUAUCAAAGUUACAGAAUAUACAGUAAUAUAUUUAAAAUAUACAGAAGUAAUAAUAUAUGAUUAAUAGUUAUAUUAAUAAAUUACAGAAACGAUUGCUUUUA